UUAAGUUCCAAACCCAGGACAUAUAACUAAAGAUCCUGUCAGUCCUGAAGAUUGAUUAAGUUGUGAAGGAAGACUCUCCUCCCUCUCAACUUUUGGCUGAUCUCUCUCUCUCUCCACACACAGAAUCACUACCAGAAACUUGAAGCCUCAUCUCCCUACUUACUCCACAAUGAACUUCAGUGCUGCAAGCCAUCGAAUACCUCUUAGUGAUGGAAACAGCAUUCCUGUCAUCGGGCUUGGUACCUACUCAGAUCCUAGACCGGUUCCCGGUGAGACGUACAUGGCAGUGAAAACCGCCAUUGACCGGGGGUACCAGCACAUUGAUGGGGCCUACCUCUACUACAAUGAGCAUGAAGUUGGCGAGGCCAUCCGAGAAAAGAUAGCAGAAGGGAAAGUAAAGAGGGAAGAGAUUUUCUACUGUGGAAAGCUGUGGGCUACAGAUCUUGACCCAGAGAGGGUCCGCCCAGCCCUGGAAAGGACGCUGCAGAGCCUCAAGCUACAGUAUGUGGACCUUUAUAUCAUUGAAAUACCCAUGGCCUUUAAGCCUGGAAAGGAAGUGUAUCCUAAAGAUGAAAAUGGCCAAUGGUUAUACCACAAAUCAGAUCUGUGUGCCACAUGGGAGGCGUUGGAAGCUUGCAAAGAUGCUGGCUUGGUGAAAUCCCUUGGGGUAUCUAAUUUUAACCGCAGGCAGCUGGAGCUCAUCUUGAACAAACCAGGACUCAAGUACAAGCCAGUCAGCAACCAGGUGGAGUGCCACCCAUAUUUCACCCAACAAAAACUCUUGAAGUUUUGCCGGCAACAUGACAUUGUUAUUGUCGCAUAUAGCCCUUUGGGGACCUGUCGGAACCCAAUGUGGGUGAAUGUAUCUUCUCCAUCCUUGCUAAAGGAUAAGCUUUUAAACUCACUGGGGAAAAAGUACAAUAAGACUGCAGCUCAAAUUGGGUUGCGUUUCAACAUCCAGCGAGGGGUGGUUGUCAUUCCUAAAAGCUUUAAUCCCCAAAGGAUUCAAGAGAACUUCCAGAUCUUUGACUUCUCUCUCACUGAAGAAGAAAUGAAGGACAUUGAAGCCUUGAAUAAAAAUGUCCGCUUUGUGGAGCUGCUCAUGUGGAGCGACCAUCCUGAAUACCCAUUUCAUGAUGAAUACUGAACAUGGACAGUUCUUCCAAAGAUGUUUUUCACUCAUUCAGGAUCUUGGGCUGGGUAAUCCUCUCCAAAUAUGGAAAUCAAUGGGGGAGGAGAGUCUUGCUAUCCUUAGAUUGAAUAGAACACACCAUGUUUAACUUUUGUGUAGUAUGAACUCAACAAAGUUCUGAUGAAGAAAUAAAUAGAUUCAAAUCUAUCUAAGUAAUUCUUUGAAAAUGCUUUGCUAGUUAUUUUUAGAUUAAUGUCUUCUAGGUUGUUGAUGGAAAACAGUAAACUUUACUUCAAAAGUGGCACAUAAAAGCCAAUUCUGACUCACAAAUAUGUAAGAAAGUCUGCAUUGUUUAGCCUUUAUCAGGACAGCAAAAAUAGGUUUGUAGCUGGCAUGCUUCCAGGUGUUGAUUAUGACCUUGAUCUACUAAAGGUUUGGGUCAUUGGUUGCAAGACAGACACAGCCAAGACAGAAAUCUGUGUGCCAUUAUUAAUGCAUCUUGAGUAUUGAGAGAACUAGAAGUCUAGAAAUGUUUUAAAGAAAAAACACAAUAGAUUGGGCAAGGGCUGUAGGGGCAUGCUGCAGUGCUUGGCUGGCAUGCUGGAGACCCCGGUGAGGGUGUGGGGUCAGUCAGCAAAGGCAUAAUGAUUGUUUCUCAUUUGUUUCCAUCCAGUGUACCCACUCAGCUUUUACUGUGCUUGAAGGAUAGGAAGUACUGAUUCUUUCUUAAAUCUUUUUUGUUCGGAGUGGUGGGGAGUUGGGGCUGGGCUUCAUGUAGUUCAUGCUGCCCGUCCACUUGCUGUGCAUCUGAUACUGGACUUAAAAACUGAACCCCUGGUCUCUAUUACAUUUUUAAGGGCCUGGGCUUCCACAUGACUGGUAAGCCAUACUUGUACUCUCCAUUCAUCAAGAAAACCAUCAUGUAAGGUGGCUAAAACAACCAACACAUACCAAUCAAGCUUUUCAUGUCAUAAAAUGGUCUGAAGAUGGUGAUUUUAAAUGAAUGAAUUUUUAAAGGCGGAUAUGAGAAAUACUAGAAGAUAAGGUCUUCACAAGCUUCUUUUACAAAGGCUUAAGAAUAUAUUGGGAUAUCUAUCUGAAUUUUGAUGAAGUUUCAAGUUCUAUAAGAACACGGACAAUUUUAUGAUAUGUAAAUUUUUAAGAAGUAAAUUGAAUGAUUACAACUGUGUCUAUUUUUAAUUUAACUAUGAAAAUAAUAUAUUGGUUUAUAUUAGAUCACUCUCAAAGGGCGAGGGAAUUCUUCAAAUAUCAUAUUCUUCCACUAGAAAUUGAUAAAAUUGAAUGGCCCAAAGUAAAACAUUUCAGAGAAAUUGUGAGUUAAAAAAUGUGAUUACAUGAAUUUUUUCCAAUAUUAAUGUCAACAAUGCUGUUCUCUGGAAAAUAUUUU